UUCCUUUCCUUUCAAUGUGACCCUGCCGUCUUUCUCUCUCCCUCUCUCUCUCUCUCUCACCAACAUGUCUGGUGAGCCACGAUCACCCGAGGAGGAGCCAAGGGCUCGACCCGUUGGCGGCACCGAGUACAGUUGGUGCAAGGCUGUGCCCACUGGCACGGGCACCACAGUCCUAGCCCUCCUCCUCUCUAAACCCCCAGACAUCUCAGCCAUCCAAACUGCCCUCCACAACCUCCAAAAUUCCCACCCUAUCCUCCGCUCCAAGCUCCACUUCGACGCCACCACUAGGACCUUCUCGUACCUCAUCCCCCCCACCCCUCACCUCCAAAUCCAGCCGUUCGAUCUCUCAUCAACGGCCCUCAUCCUCCAAAGCCUCCACACCCCAAACGACGACGACGACCACCACCACCACCACUAUUCCAUCCCCCCCUUCCAUCUUAUCCUCGAACACGAACUCAACCAGAACACGUGGCACGAUCCUGACAAUCCGUUGUACGCUGACGAGGAUGUGUUCUUCGCGAGCCUGUACACUCUGAGCGAAGCCCAGUGGGCCCUGACGCUCAGGCUGCACACGUCAGCAUGCGACCGUACGGCCGCGGUGUCACUGCUCAGGGAGUUGUUAAGGUUGGUGACGGGAGGGGAAGGGACAGAGACGGAAUUUGGGGAUAAAGGGGAGGUUAAUUUGGGAAUUGAGGAACUUAUCCCAGCAGGAAAAGCCAACAAGCCGUUUUGGGCGCGUGGAGUGGACAUGCUUGGAUACUCUCUGAAUUCGCUGAGGUUGGCGAACUUGGAUUUUAGGGACGUGGAAUCGCCCAGAAUUACUCAGAUGGUGAAGCUGCAGAUGAGUUCAAAUGAAACUCAGAAGCUUCUUGCAGGAUGCAAGUCAAGAGGUAUUAAGCUAUGUGCAGUCUUGGCAGCGGCUGGAUUGAUUUCGGGUUAUACCUCUAAACACCUCCCUGAUCAUCAGUGGGAGAAGUAUGCUGUUGUAACUCUAACAGACUGCCGUUCAAUUCUUGAUCCAGCCCUUUGCAGUCACCAUCUAGGAUUCUACCAUUCUGCCAUUAUGAAUUCACAUGACAUAUCUGCAGAAGAAAAACUAUGGGAACUGGCAAAUAGAUGCUACACGUCCUUUGCAAAUGCUAAGAACAACAACAAGCAUUUCACGGACAUGUCUGACCUGAACUUCCUCAUGAUUAAGGCCAUUGAUAAUCCCGGAUUGACCACGUCAUCGGCCUUGAGAACCGCCUUCAUCUCGGUGUUUGAGGACUCUGUUAUUGAUGAUUCUAAUGGAAUGCAUCAACAGCUAGGAUUGGAGGAUUAUGUGGGAUGCGCUUCCGUCCAUGGCGUUGGUCCAUCCAUCGGCAUAUUUGAUACCAUACGAAAUGGUGCUUUGGAUUGUGCAUGUGUGUAUCCAUCGCCGCUGCAUUCGAGGGAACAGAUGCAAGAGCUAAUUGAUCAUAUGAGGAGAAUUCUUGCGGAUGCUUGCAACCAGGUCCAGAGUGAGAGCUAGACCUUUUCUAGCGAGGCAUGUGGUGCUGAAAUGCCUUUCUUUCUUUCUUUCUUUCUUUCUUUUGUCGCUAUGAACCUGCAGCCAUUGCAUUUGAUCUUGUACCACAGCUCAUUGAUUUCCCUCUCCUAAAAUUGGUAAAAUAAUUAAUACGAGGUCUCCAUUCUUCAAAUGAAUACAUAUAUCAAAUUUUCUUA